AUGGGGGAACCCCGGACUGGGGCCCCCCUGGAUGAUGGCGGGGGCUGGACGGGCAGUGAGGAGGGCAGCGAGGAGGGCACUGGAGGCAGUGAGGGUGUCGGAGGUGACGGGGGCCCUGAUGCAGAGGGUGUGUGGAGCCCCGACAUCGAGCAGAGUUUUCAAGAGGCCCUGGCCAUAUACCCUCCCUGUGGCCGACGCAAGAUCAUCCUGUCAGAUGAGGGCAAGAUGUAUGGCCGGAAUGAACUCAUUGCCCGCUACAUCAAGCUGAGGACAGGGAAGACCAGAACUCGAAAGCAGGUCUCUAGUCACAUCCAAGUUUUGGCUCGAAGGAAAUCGAGAGAAAUUCAGUCCAAGCUGAAGGACCAAGUUUCCAAGGACAAAGCAUUCCAGACGAUGGCUACCAUGUCUUCAGCACAGCUCAUCUCUGCACCAUCCCUCCAGGCCAAGCUGGGUCCUUCUGGCCCUCAGACCACUGAGCUUUUCCAGUUCUGGUCAGGGAGCUCUGGGACACCGUGGAAUUGGCUGUGCCUUAAACUCGUGGAAGUCCAGCUACUGAGGCCGUACGUAGCCAGUGGGGGAAAAUUCUGUUCCCCAGACAAGUGCUCUGUUGCUGCCACUAAAGGGUAUGAGCCGCCCCAAGCCCUCUCACCCCUGCCUCCACCUGCUCCAUCUCCACCAGCCUGGCAGGCUCGGGCCCUGGGCACUGCUCGCCUACAGUUGGUGGAGUUCUCAGCUUUUGUGGAACCACCGGAUGCAGUUGACUCGUUCCAGAGGCACCUGUUUGUCCACAUCAGUCAGCAGUGUCCUAGUCCUGGAGCACCGCCCCUGGAGAGUGUGGACGUACGCCAGAUCUACGAUAAGUUCCCUGAGAAAAAGGGUGGCCUCCGGGAGCUGUAUGACCGAGGGCCACCCCAUGCCUUCUUCCUGGUCAAGUUCUGGGCGGACCUGAACUGGGGCCCAAGUGGUGAACAGGCAGGGACCAGUGGAGGCAGCGGUGGCUUCUAUGGAGUGAGCAGCCAAUAUGAGAGCCGGGAGCUCAUGACACUUACCUGCUCCUCCAAGGUCUGCUCCUUUGGCAAGCAAGUGGUGGAGAAGGUGGAGACAGAGCGGGCCCAGCUGGAGGAUGGGCGCUUUGUGUACCGCCUGCUGCGCUCUCCCAUGUGUGAGUACCUGGUUAACUUCCUACACAAGCUGCGCCAGCUGCCUGAACGCUACAUGAUGAACAGCGUCUUGGAGAACUUCACCAUCCUGCAGGUGGUGACAAACAGGGACACUCAGGAACUGCUGCUGUGCACUGCCUAUGUCUUCGAGGUCUCCACCAGCGAACGCGGAGCCCAACACCACAUCUACCGCCUGGUCAGGGACUGA